AUGACGAACGCUGCCAGCUGCAUUAUCCAAUUCAAGAAAGAUUCCGUUCAUACUUGGUCGCUCCGAUGGCCUUGGGUGCAAGCAUUUGCUGAUAAGUGCAUUGAUUCGUGGCAGCAGCGAGGCAUUAGGGUCUUGUGUUGGUAAUUCUGGAAGAUGUCCAAGAACACGGCGUAAGACCAAGCCCAUACUGUGCACCCCAGCUUCGGGAGUGAGCAACCGGGUCCACGAUACUUCAGGAGCCAUUUGGGAGAAAUCCCCGCUAUCGAUGGGCUUCGUCUUUUCCAAAGGUGUCAGAUCUGCUCCUCCAGUAAAAACCAGUUGAAUCCGACUAUACGGGAGUGCACCCACAUAAUAGGCAUAGAAAUUGUCCAAUUUCACUGCACCACAAUAUAUAUCGGCAUUGUAUAGGCCAGACAUGACACUCGCCAAAGCUCUACACAGCUUGAUCCUUGUUCCCAGGUCCAACUUAUCGUCGUACUCCUCAAGGAAUCGAGAAAAUUCACAACCGGGCUUGUUAUCAUAUAUGACGUAUCCGUUAUCUGCUCGUAGAAUUCCAUGUACGGUACGCAUUGGCAGAUGUAGUUCACGGGCAACAAAGCUCACUCUGAGCUCCUUAAAAGUAGAGAGCGCGUUUGCCGAUCAUGGUACUUUCGUCACAGAUGUCAUCGGGGCUUGCGAGACGUUUGGACUUACAUCGUACAUUUGCUCUCUCCACUCUGCUGGGCUCAUUCUUCGGCUUCCUUUCAGCAGCACGUUUGUAUAAGUGCCAUUCAUCAGCACUUGUGAUUCGUAAUACUUGAAGCGGCUAUCUUCAUUGACGAGCUUUUUACUGAUGAUAUGUUCAGCUUCGAAAAUUCGGAAUCGACCCAGAACGUCUUUCGUGAUCAUUCGUCGAGGAUACACCGGACAGCCGAGCACACCGGAGAGCACAUCAAGCGAUGAAUCGCGAAUGUUGUAGAUCAGUUCGCCAAUUGUGGUUCCAGUAGCAAACAACAUACUGCGAAUUCGGAAACCAUCCUCUGUAUUUUCCAAUGUCAAAUGAAAAAUUUUGUCUUUGUCGGAUUGGAUCGACAGCACAUAUGAUGCAAAGGAGUUCGUUGAAAUACAGAAAUCUCCUGGCUUCUUGAGGAUGAACGAUAUGAAGUCUUCAGGAAUGUUUCCGAGACUAACUCUGUUGGUGUUCAUCUGAAAUAUUCAUUCUCAAACAAAACAGCUUGCACUUGCUAG